AUGGCUGCUAAUAAUUGGAAUAUACAUGGAGUAGACGAUGAAGAAAGCCAAACUGGUUUGAGCAAAAUUCAGCCUGUCCCCUCUACACCAAUGACACAACAAUUGACAGCUGAUCUAGAUAAGAAGAAGCAAACUUCUCUUACCUUGAGUCAAAUGCUUGGUUUGAAUGAGAUUUUCUCCCUAGACGUUUGGAGGGCGUCAGUGGGAGAGCUUAUUGGAUCAGCUGUUCUAGUAUUCAUGAUUGACACCAUUGUGAUCUCAACCUUUGAGACUGAUAUCAAAAUGCCAAACCUCGUACUCUCAAUCCUCGUUGCCAUGGUCGUUGCAAUUCUCCUCCUUGCUGUACAUCCAGUUUCUGGUGGCCACAUCAACCCUGUUAUCUCCUUUUCGGCUGCGCUAGUAGGCCUUAUCUCUAUGUCACGCGCUAUAAUUUACAUCCUAGCCCAAUGCAUUGGUGCAAUACUUGGAGCACUAGCCCUCAAAGCCGUUGUGAGCAGCACCAUUGAACAAACCUUUUCACUUGGAGGUUGCACUCUAACAGUGAUUGCACCUGGACCCAGUGGACCCAUAACCAUUGGCCUUGAGACAGCACAAGCCUUUUGGCUCGAGAUUUUCUGCACCUUUGUUUUCCUUUUUGCUUCAAUUUGGAUGGCAUAUGAUCAUCGCCAAGCAAAGACAUUAGGCCUUGUUCUUGUUUUUUCAAUUAUAGGACUUGUGCUAGGCCUCUUAGUGUAUAUAUCCACCUCUGUCACUGCCAAAAAGGGCUAUGCCGGGGCAGGGAUGAACCCUGCUAGGUGCCUUGGGGCUGCAAUUGUGAGAGGUGGCCACCUCUGGGAGGGCCACUGGGUGUUUUGGGCCGGGCCUGCUAUUGCUUGUGUUGCCUUCUAUUUAUACACGAAGAUAAUUCCACGGCAGCACCAUCAUUCAAAGGGCUAUGAACAUGAUUUCUUCAAUAUUGUGAAGGCUAUGCUUGGAUUUGUUGAUCAGUGA